CCGGGAGCAGCCGCCGCCCCUACAGGUUGCCUCGCGCUGCGCCUCAGCGCCAGCGGCGGCAGCAGCAGCGGCUCCCCCUGGCCGCCCCGCGGCGCGGCUCCCGCCCCAUCUCCCCCGCCCCCUUCCCUCGGCCGGGCGGCGCUGCACAGGGCGGAGCCGGGAGCCGGGGAGGGUUGGCCCCGGUGCCUGCCUCCCGGCGGGCGGCGCUGCUGGGUCGCUCUGGGAGGCUCCCCGGGGCUGGGCGCGGAGCUGCGGGCUCGGGGGUGUGAGCCGCCGGGUUGGGCGCCCCCAGGAUGCUGCGGUUCCUGCGCAGGACCUUUGGCCGGCGGUCGAUGCAGCGCUACGGACGGGGAGCCGGGCGAGGAGGCGCCUUUGGAGCUGGGGACGAGCGGGACGGGGGGCCGAGAGGAGCCGCCGCCGCGGAGGGGUUCCCCUCUUCCCCGCACCCCGGAGGAGCCGGGCACAGCGCCGGAGCCGUUGUCCACAUCCCGGCGGCCGGGGACAGCAAAGUGGCGCUGCAGUGCCGGGUCCUGCUGCUGGACGGGACCGACGUCAACGUGGAGCUGCCGAAAAACGCUAAAGGGCUGGAUUUGUUUGACCAGAUUGUCUAUCAUUUGGACCUUGUGGAAACUGAUUACUUUGGCCUACAGUUCAUGGAUGCCUCCCAGGUUACACACUGGCUGGACCAUUCUAAACCAAUUAAGAAGCAAAUAAAAAUUGGACCUCCGUACACUUUGCAUUUUCGAAUUAAAUAUUACUCAUCAGAACCGAACAACCUUCACGAGGAGUUUACAAGGUACCUGUUUGUAUUACAGCUCCGACAAGACAUUCUUUCAGGAAAACUGAAAUGUCCGUAUGAUACUGCUGUGGAACUAGCAGCUCUAUGUCUUCAAGCUGAACUUGGAGAGUGUGAGCACCCAGAACACACACCAGAACUAGUAUCUGAAUUCAGAUUUACACCAAACCAGACUGAAGCUAUGGAAUUUGAUAUCUUUCAGAAAUGGAAAGAGUGCAGGGGAAAAACCCCAGCCCAGGCUGAAUUGUGCUACUUGAACAAAGCUAAAUGGUUGGAAAUGUAUGGUGUAGAUAUGCAUGUUGUUAAGGGAAGAGAUGGAUGUGACUACGCACUUGGACUUACGCCAACAGGCAUAUUGAUCUUUGAAGGAGCAAACAAAAUAGGUUUAUUUUUUUGGCCUAAAAUCACUAAAAUGGACUUCAAAAAGAGCAAAUUAACACUUGUGGUUGUAGAAGAUGAUGAACAGGGCAGAGAACAAGAGCACACAUUUGUUUUCCGGUUAGACAAUGCAAAAACUUGCAAACAUUUGUGGAAAUGUGCAGUGGAACACCAUGCAUUCUUCAGACUGCGAAUACCAGCAAACAGUAAAUCUAGCAGAUCUGACUUCAUAAGGCUGGGUUCACGCUUCAGAUUCAGUGGUCGAACAGAGUAUCAAGCAACACAUGGGUCCAGGUUACGCAGAACCAGUACAUUUGAAAGAAAACCCAGCAAACGGUAUCCAUCACGAAGGCAUUCAACAUUUAAAGCAAACAAUCCUGUGAAGGCAGCACAACUGUGUGCAAAAAAUAAUCCUGAAGUCCAUAACUACCAGCCACAGUAUCACCCUAAUAUACAUCCUGGUCCACCACACUGGCACCCUCAUACUCCUGUGAACGUAAGCUACCCCUUGAACAACACUGACCUUCAUCAGUUCAACAUUGAAGAAAAUGGUGGAGCACCAUUUACUACAAAAAUGUCUGGAAGGCAUCACCACCACCACCACCACCGGCAUCACCAUCACCACUCUAAUUAUGGAGUAAUUGUUCCCGACAGCAAAGAUAUUGUUUCUGGAGUUCCAAACCCAAAUAAAUUGAGCUCAGGACUUCCCCUCCUUUAUGAUAACACUUCUUCCCAUCUGAAGAAGAUGGAAGUGGAGACUGUGAAGGUAGUUGGACCAUGGCCAGCUCUGCACAUCAAUAUAAACAAGGGUGAAGACAAGAAAGUUUCUGAAAAAAGUCUUCAUCCCCCAGUGUCACCUUCCUCCGUACCCGAUCAUAUGAAAUGUAACAUCCUUAAAGCUCAAGUAGAAGCUGCUUUUAGAGUGGGUGCCCAGCAGGUGGGGAAAGAAGACACAUCAUUUGUAAAUACCAGUAAGGCCUCCAGUCUGCAGGACCCUAAUGUAAGAAGUCCAGCACCAGUACGACCAGAAACUACACCAUCAACAGGCACUACAGAAAAGCAGGAAAUUAAAGUUUCUCGUGUGAGGAAGUUAACAAGACAGUACAGCUUCGAUGAAGACGACCUUCCUCCAGCACUGGCAGCGGCAGCAGCAGCAUCAACAUCCGUUUCAUCAGCAUCUCCCGUGUCACAGAAAACGUGUACACCACAAAUGUCAGAAGGACAAACCCAGAUAUCACCUGGUGCAAAGAGCCCCACGGAUGUUGGAAGUACAUUUGCAUUGGAGCCAGGUGACCUUUUGAUGGAUUUCACAGAAGCCACACCUAUGAUAAAGACAUUCCCUGCUGAUACAGCUAAUCCUUUUUUCGAUCCUUUUACAACAGUACCACAGUUUUCUGCAGAAUUUAUAGACAGCAAAUUAGUGUGCUGUGCUGUGCAGUCAUCACCUAAGAUGUUACCACCUGUAUCUCCUUCACCUGCAAUGAGGUCCUUGGCAGAGACCGUCCCAACCCCAACAGUGCAGACGAUAUAUUCAUCACACAAACCUAUUUCUCUGGCAGACAGUGCUGAGACUCUGAGGCGUGAACUCGAGAGAGAGAAGAUGAUGAAAAGACUGUUGAUGACAGAAUUAUGAAAUUCUCACUUCGUCACAUGGAGACUGGAUCGGGGCCUUUCAUGUGCCUUCUGUCUGUUUACAUUCCUCCACUUCUGUGUACUCAACAUAAUGCAUCAUGAAAAUGUGUUAUGUUCCCAGCUCACUCAGAUUCAUCACAGUUGGUUAAAAUUAAGUCUUGGCUUGACUUUAACUUGGAGGAGUUUCUUUAUUCAUUUACUGCUGGGAAAUAAACCUUCAGUCCUUUAUUUAUCAUGAGUAUUAGGAUUUUCUACUAUUAUAAAAUGAAUUUUAGGGUUGGUUUUGGUAAAUCUAAGGUAAAAACGAUCAGCCAGGAACAUACUAAUUUCUACUGAGAAACACUGUUCUGUAUAUAUGUUAAUAACUGCACAGAGAUUAAUGUUAUGCAGAAUAUUUUGAUAGUAACAUAGAAAAUGUCAUUUUGUAUAACUGAAAAUUGCACCGAGUUACUGCUGUUUGUUAAAGAAUCAUUUUUAAAAGCAGAAAAAUGAUUAUUAUAUCUUAACCCUACGACUCUUCGUCUCUGCUGAAAAAUAAAUGGCUGUCUUAUCAAAUUUCUAACUUAAUCUUUACUCAGAUAUAUGUAGAUAUAUAUCAGUGCUGCCUAAAAUCAUGUCAUCUUGAUUUGACACUGAAAGAAAUCAUAUGGUAUUCCUGGUAAAGAAAAACUUCAAUGGUUCAAAGUUGUUUGCUAUUGACACCCUUAUCUUUAAACCAAAAAACAUUGAAUCAGAAACCAGUUUUAACUAAGACUCUGAUUCUACAAACACUUGCAUGCACGUAUGCAUGCAUGUUUACAUCAAGCAACUGAGUGGUUCCACUGAAAUUAACAGGACUACUCCCUUACUUAAUGUUAAGCAUGUAAGUGUUUGCAGGAUUAGAGCCUUAAACAAUUGGUUUAUGGUAUUACGGUCAUAUAAUAAUACUAUAGAUCAUAUUUCCUAUAAAACUGUCCUAUAGUUUUCCUUUUUUAGUAGUGCAGAAUAGGUAAUUUAUUUAAAAAGCUGACAACAAUUGAUCAUCAGCUACAACACGCGAUUUUGAACAGAAACCUUGUAUGUGUUUUAUAUGGCCCAAGAUCUAUAUUUUUCUGUUACCCUGUACAGUAGAUUCUCCUGUUUUUAGUAUUGUUAAAAUCAAAAGAUGCCCUUAAUUUGAUACCAACGACCAUAGAUUUAUCUAAAUUUAACCAGCCUGUUGGCUUUAAAGGUAGGAAGUGCGUAUAGUAAGAUUCCAUUUUCUUCAGUGUUAGUUAUGGUCAUUUAAUAUGAAAAAUCUUGAGUGCAUUUUAGGACUCUUGAUUGCAACUUGAAGACAGAAGAUUACUUGUUUAUUUUAUAUUAAUUGGGGCAGGAAAUGAACAGAAGGCUCUUCAAUUAAAGUCCGAUAACUUUGAACCUUUUCUAUAGCUAUAAAAUGAAGCUAAAGUAAGUGGCAUCAGUGUCAGGAACAAAUCUGGGAUGCACCCUGUAAUGAAAUGGCUUAACAUACAGAAUAGGCCCAUGGAUCUGUACAAGUGCCCAGAUGUCUGGCUGGUAUGUUUCUGAGUACUCGACUGACUUUGCUGCAUAAUCAAAAUGCAUCUGGGACACUGUACAGCGGAUUUCUAGUUAUGAUGUCAACAGAUUUGGUGGCAUACUUUUUGUACAUCCAUUUCCAUCAAUCUAAGGUUAUUUUUUUAAAAAUGGGCAUAUUAACUCCCUCUGAAGAAAUCACGGAGGCAAAGAAUGCUUCAGGAAUAAAAGACUGGCCUUCAUUCUGCCACUAAUCUUUUCCUCACCUCAUUCAGAGGGAUUGUGGAGGAAGGAAAGCUCCAGCCUAAGGCACCAUGGGUUAAAAUAAUUUUUGCCUGGUCACUAAUAAAAAGAGAACAGCCUAAAGACAAAUAAGAAAAGGUUCCUAUAGCGGCCACUGUUUUCAGAGACAGGAAGCAAAAAUAACUCCAAGAAUGGAGUUACCUAAACUGCACUUUUCUACUAUUUGCUUCUGUCCUGCCUGUUCUUAGGCAGCCAUCAGUUACAUGCGAAGAUACUUCAAAGAAUGUGCGGGUGGCCACUCCCAAAGGUUAUCAAGGAGAAAGGACCUGAGAAGAUAGCUCAGUGGUUCAACACUCCCCUGAUUUUUCUAUUGUGUGGAUUACUGUGUGCUUAUUCAAGAGUGCUAUUAUGGGCAACUGGAAACCGUGGAACCUGCUUUGGUUGGGGCUACCUGCUUCUGGUUAGCUGCAUUAAGCAAUGUAUUCACAAGGACCAAUGUAUUCAGAUAGAAUGAAUGCUAGACGGGAGUAGCCCAUUCGUUUUUCUGGAAGAUAAAUAAGCUACACAUUUGUUCUUGUACAGAACAGCAUGGCAGUCCUAAUGUAU